AUAAACAUACAGCUUCAUAUCGAUAUUAUACUAAUUAUAUUAUAUUAGAAUGUUACAUUUAUAAAUAAAUUAUACUAUUAUAUAACUUAGCUAUAUAAGAAUGAUUUAAAUGUACUUAUAAAAAUAAUAAAUAUAAAAUAGAGAAUAUAAUGUAAUAUGAAUUCAUUAAUUUAUUUGUUUUUUUAAAUGUUUUUAAAUAAAUAAGACAUAAUAAUAUAA